AUGGUCUCUGAUGAAGUGGUCCUCUGGAGCGUCCCCUACUUCCGAGCCCUCCUCCGGUCAUGCGGCCGCUCCUCAGCCCGAGAAGGCCGGAAGCUCCACGCCGUCCUCCUCAGAAAUGGGCUUCUGUCGAAUGUCACCGGCUCCUCUUCUUCUUCUUCCUCCUCCUCCAUCUGCAGUGCCCUGUUCCACAUGUACGCGGCAUGCGGGUCACCGACCACGGCGCUUCGGGCCUUCCGGUGUAUCCCCGCUCCCCAGAGAUCGGCCUCCGACUGGACGGCUCUCCUCUCCUGCAAUACUCGCCAUGGCCUGCACGCAGAGGCGCUCCGCCUCUUCCGCACCAUGGAGAUGGAAGACCGCGUUCCCGGGGACGAAGUGACCAUAGUUUGCGUCUUGGGGGCCUGCGCCAGGUUGGGCGAUCCGGCGGCCGGCUCUGCCGUCCACCUGCGGUUCAUCAAGAGGGGGCUGGCCCUUGUCGCCACCGUCUGUAACGCCGCCAUGGAUAUGUACGUGAAGUGCGGCAGGAUGGGGGACGCCCGGCAACUCUUCGGAGAAAUGGCAGCCCCAACCGUCGUCUCCUGGACGGUGAUUCUCUCCGGGGCUCUCCGGUGGGAGGGGCUGGACACGGCGCGCGAAGUGUUCGAUCUCAUGGAGGAGAAGAAUGAGGUCACCUUCACAGUUAUGGCUGCGGGGUACGUAGAGGCUGGGCUCCCCAGGGAAGCUCUGGCCGUCGUUGCCCAGAUGAUCUUCUUCUCCCCCCAUGGCUCCGGUCCGGUGAGCUUGAACCACGUCUCCCUGUGUUCCCUUUUCUCUGCGUGCUCCCAGGCCGGUGACCUCGCCGUCGGCCGGUGGCUGCAUGCUUACAGCACGAAAACGGCCUUGACGGCAGGUGCGGGUGAAGGCAAUCGUCGUCUUCACUCGGUCAUGGUGUCCACUGCCCUGGUCGACAUGUACGCGAAAUGCGGGAGCAUCCGCACUGCGCGCCUCCUGUUCGAAAAAAUGCCUCAGAGGAAUAUCGUCGCCUGGAAUGCCAUGCUGAGCGGGCUCGCGAUGCACGGUCUCGCAGAGGAUCUGCUCCUCCUGUUCUCGCAGAUGGCCGAGGGCGGCGUCCGACCAGACGAGAUCACCCUCGUCACCGUCCUCAGCGCCUGCAGCCGCGCAGGUCUCGUAGAGGAAGGGCGGCGAUUCUUCCGCACUGCGGCGCCGGCGGCGGCACGCAAGGUGGAGCACUACGCGUGCAUGGUGGACCUCCUGGGCCGCGCCGGUCUGCUGGAGGAGGCGGCGGAUCUGGUGAGGUCGAUGCCCGUCCCCCCCAACGAGGUGGUGCUGGGGUCCCUGCUGGCCUCCUGCGGUCUUCACGGAAGGGCCGACCUGGGCAGGCGCCUGAUGGAGCAGCUGGGGGAGAUGGAUCCUGCCAACACCCAGUACCAUGUCUUGCUCUCGAACACGUACGCGUCGUCAGGGAGGCAGGCGGCGGCGGAGGCCCUGCGGGAGGCGCUGCGGCGGCGCGGCGUGAGAAAGGUCCCCGGCAUGAGCUUCAUCGCCGUGCACGGCGAAGUCCACCGGUUCCGCGCGGGGGACCGCUCCCACCCCCGCACGGCGGAGGUGUACGCUAUGGCGGACGAGGUGGUGGUGCGGCUGAGGGCGGCGGGGUACGAGCCGGGUGCGGCGGGGAAGGUGUGGCGCGUCAUGGACGGGUACCUGGGGGAGGAGGAGGAGGAGAGGGAGAACGUGCUCUUCUCCCACAGCGAGCGCCUCGCCAUCGCCUUCGGGCUGAUCAGCACCAGGCCAGGGGCGCCGUUGCUGGUCUUCAAGAACAUCCGCAUCUGCCGCGACUGCCACUCCGCCGUCAAGCUUGUCUCCCGCAUCUACGGACGCGAGAUCACCGUUCGAGACCGGAACCGCUUCCACUGCUUCAAACAGGGGGAGUGCUCCUGCUCCGACUACUGGUGA